GAAUAUGUUUAAUGCAGGCUUUAAAGGUGGUGUAUGGAUUCUGACAGGAUCACCCAGUAUGUUUUCAGAGUUUAUGCAUUCAUGUGGAGAUACAGUUAAUCAGAUGUUUCUGGCUAUAGGGAGGUAUUUGUCUCUUAAGCAUCCAGACCCUAGUCAUCCGUACGGGUACAAAAAUCAUGUACAUAUCAUGUCAAUUCUGAGUGGAGGUUUCAUCUUCAGUGUAGGUUGUGGUCUCACGUUGUAUCAUGGCAUUCUGGGAAUCUUCAACCCAAUCGUUAUUGACCAUAAUAGUUUAAAAUGGGCCAUGUAUGUGUUAGCAGGAACAUUUGCUACAGAAUCAGCAUCAUUAGGCUAUGCAAUAUUAGAAAUCUCAAAGAAAGCCAAGGCAUCUGGCAUGUCUUUUAUAUCAUUUGUUAAAGAGGGGGAUGACCCAUUAAGUAAUGUUGUAUUGCUAGAAGAUGCAGCUGGUGUUUUAGGAGUGAUUAUAUGUGGAACAGCUAUGACCUGCAGUUAUGUAUUAGCUCAUAUAUUAUGUAUAUUCAGAGCAUUACCAUACGAGGCAGAGAUCAAGAAAUACAUGGAAAGUGACAGAUUUGUCAAUGCUGUGCUGGACAAUAAGACGCUAGAUUUCGGAGAUGAGAGCCGCUUUAAGUCGGAGGUUGUACUAGAUGCCAAAUUGAUCACAAAACAUUUCCUGAACACAGAGGUAGAUUUAGAUGCCAUGCUUGUGAAAUGGAAGAGUGUACAUACAACAGAGGAAAUGGAGGUGUUUCUAGAGGAGUUUGGUUCUCAGAUAUAUGAUCAGAUAGUCGCACAUGUAGAUAGGAAGGAAAGAGAUAUAAAGAAAAAGUUUCCAGAAAUACGGCACAUUGACAUAGAGCCGAGUUGAUGAUCCUAUCGUAGAAAAAUUCACCAUCUAGUUUGUACACUAAAAAAUCACCAUAGAAGUCUUGUCACUUCGGCCAGGCUUUUUGUCCCGUUUACCAAGCCAACAAAAAGCCAACCAAAAAGCCUGAAACCAACCGCUGUAAAACACACUGUCAGCUUUUACAAAGUGGAGAGAUAUUGUUGACAAUCUACUAAUAUGUGUUCCAAAAAAAACAACAAUAUUCUGAAGAAUGCGAAAUCAUUGCAGUCAUUGUGCUUUUUACAUUAUCGCAUUGUCAUCUUGACAUGUGUACUUGAUUAUUUAUAUAGCUAGGAAAUUCUGUAAUUCACACUUUAUUAGGUGCAAUCAGUAUUUCAUGUUGUAAGGUGGUUUCAGGUGAUUUAUUAGUCUUUAUUUUAGUAUGUGUAUGCCAAAAUCUGGUCCAGCUAGUCAAUAGUAAAGUAAAAUUACUGCAUGUCAAGAUGCUAUUCAGCUGCUUUAUAGAAAAUGGGUUGUUUAAUUGAAAGGUCAAUGGCAAAAGGAAUGCAUUGUGGUACUGUGUUGUUAUCAAAUAUUCUGCACUGAUUGUUUAUAUAGUAGCUAUUUUCAUUUUAAAAUUCAAUGAAAUUAAAUGUUGUGGUAACUCUAGCAA